GGACUAUUGAGUCUGCCCGACAAAGAGAAGCCUGCAUUGGUCGGGGAGCCUGUGUCUUUGCUGCUCAAAGCAAUUGCUAGCACGCGCAUCCGGCUGCUUGGACUCUUUUUUUUUGGCAACACCCCGAAUGCAAGUGGCGAAACAAAUGGUCCAGCGCUGACGGGCGGUGCAGCGAUCCCUGCGUCAAGCGUUCUGCUUGAGGAAGAAAGUCAUCACAUCGCCGUUACUUGGCUCCUGAGGCUGCCCGUCAGACGAGUGGCGCCUAAUGUCAAUCAAUCCCAAGCUCGGCUUUUUGGGGCCACCACGUCGCAGUCAGACACUGUUGCGCGUAGCAUUUGGGCAAUCACCUGCUGCAGAGCUUUACCCCACACGUUAUCGACGACACACUUGUAUCGGAAACGCGACUGUUGGCCGAUCGAUUCUCGCAACUUGUGCCGCCCCCGUUCUGCGCAAGCCCUGACGUCAAUCGACACCGUUGCUGUUGCGUCGAGCGAUCUCAGCCUUGAGAAUGGCCAAGCUACAGUUUCGGACCCUUGACAAGCUUCCGCCAGAGCUUAUCGUCCAGAUAGCCUCGAAGACCACGCCGGAGACGGUGCUGGCGCUGGCACAGGUGUCCAAGCUGCUGCGACAGACCUGCUACGACUCGCUUGUCUUUCUGGACUCGUUUUACAGUCACACGUGGGCGAAAGAGCACCUGGGCGGAUUCUUAGCCGAUGUCGAUCUCGUGGCCCGCUAUGCCGUUGCUGAAUCGCGUUAUCUCCAGUUCAUCGAGAACGAGAAGACUGUGGGAAAGCUGGAGACGGGAGUCAUACCGAACACGUCGGAGCUGCUGAGGUAUUUACCGAACUUGGUCAUGUUGAAUAGUGGCGUGCCCACGCUGGAUCGUAGCUUUCUUCUUGGACGCCGCCUGAUAUUCAAGGCUGGAUUUCCUGACGAGGAGGGAUUGAAAGCCGCACUUGCUGAUUUAGAUGAAAAGCGCUCGAUUGUGUCGCUGAUGAUAGCAUGUGGAUUACUUAGGAUCGCCCCCUUCAUACCCUCGUCUUCAUCAUUAGACGAGCAGCUCCACGAUCACAACGCAAUCACUUUCUAUACAUAUGACAACCUCGCGAAUGGCAUUCGCCGUCAGACAGCAACCUACGUCCAGCGCUUCCACGACGACAAUUUAGUCGGCGUUGGCAAGAUGGCCACCUUGUUAGCUUGCGCUUUUCCCGACCACACAAAGAAUCCCGACCUGCCAAGCCAAUAUCUGUCGGCGGGCCCCCGGCAUUCUACGCACGUAAAUAUCCCCAGCAUCUCCAAAAUUCCCCUGGCGCUAUCUCCUACAGAUAUUCCCGUGCCUUUUUUGCCCAUCUCAGAGUCACUGAGCUCCUGGAGGAGGUGGAUACAACGUCAGAGAUCAAUCCAGUCGUCGCCAGAGUAUUUAGAUAGCGGUGAGUGGGUAGGCAUGUACACGUAUAAUGACCCUUUUCCAAUGGGGGCAAUCGCCACCUUGUUGGAUGCGCCGAUGACUGGUAUCAGGUUCACAACCCAUGGCCCGCUCACUGCUGGAGGGGGAUUCUUCAGUGCUGCAAGUGGGAUAGAUGGCGUGGGUGAGUUUGACAUCUCGGUGACCACGGAUAGCCAUGGUUAUAUAAGAGGUAGGAAGUCGUACAAGCACCAUCCUACAAGCUGGAGCUGGUAUUUGAGCAACACGCCGUUUGGAUUGUACGGAUUAUGGGCAACAGAAAGAGAGAUUGGGGAAAUAGGUAUGCUGGGUGGAGCAGUGUGGCUUUGGAAAAGAGAGUGGUGUGCGUAGUUGCAAUUCGCCAUGUUUCCUUCCUGCAAUGUUCUAUGCAGUAGGAUCGUCCGGAUAGGCGAUGAGAAAUUUCUGAUCGAGUCGAGAAAUUGCUACAAUAUCUCUCAGGCGUGAGACCACAAUGCACUUCUUAUUUUCAAGAAGGCGAACUCCCUUUUGUGGGAGAUCUGGUGUUAAAUUGCUUGUUACGAACAUACCAUCUCUUCUCCAAGCUAGCAGUGAAAGUCUAGCUCAUGACGUCGAAGCUAGAGUCUCUGGAUAAGCACUUGGAAUGUAUUGGCUAGGAAUUGACGUU